AUGCCAGCCAGCCACACCUCCUCUAUGGAUAACAACACCGGCAGCCAGGGCAGCUGGUCUGCCAGUCGGCCUGCACCUGACGAGAAGCCCUCGAGAGACGUCCGCCUUGACAAGUUCAAGAGCGACAAGGACUACGACCUCGCCCAUCGAGUUCAUUCGGGCGAACAACGGCCUUCUUCACUGGACGAAAUGCUUGGCCAACACCUCAACAAUCUACCGCAGACGACCACGAACGGGAAUUGA